UUACCAUUUUACCAGCAGUUACCAUUAUUAAUUUAUGGUCAAUAACAUUUACCUCGUAGACUUCUUGCAGCCAGUUUAAGAUACAAUCAAGUAAAAAGAGGAUUAUAACGAUUAUGAUCACAUUUCAAUAGUAUUUUUAAAUGUGAGCUUUUCGUGUUCUAAAGCUUUAAAUGAAUGAGCGAUUAAGCGACAUGCGAGAAUAACAAACUCAGUGUCUUUUCUCCUACGAGUUGUGUACUAAAAUUUUGAUAUUUGUUGUGCAAUGGUGGGGAUAUUCCGGUCGGUACUUUUUUAUGUUUUCAAAACAAUAACAAAAUAAAACAUUUACAUAAAAAAAAUUUGUGGUUUUAUGAGCUGAGCUACUCAUCGAAAUUUACGUCGACGUAUAUUUCAAAGAACAAAAAGGAACAAAGUCGCGAAUCAAGUCCCAUUCGAUAUAAAAAAAAACCUGAUGUAUUAAAUUAAUUUAAAAGAAAACAGAAACGACGAAAAGUUUCUUUUUCACAUCGAUUCUUGUUUACAUUUAAGCACGAUCAUCUUUUAGAUCUUCAGUUUAGUAGAGGAAGCACAGCCGACAAGACACAAUCAUAAAAAGUCUCUAGAAUUUUAUUUACAAGACAAGAAAAAAUCAUUAUUUAAAUUACGAGAAUAAAAUAUAAAAUAUAAAAAAAGAAGAGCUCAUCGAACAGAAAAUGUUAACAUUCGGAAUAAUUUGCGCUCUCGUAGCCACAGCCAGUGCAGGCUACGCUAGCUCUGGUGCAGGAGGUUCGGCAGGACUUUAUUCUAAUUAUAAUUCUGGUUAUGGCUCUAAAUAUCCUUAUACAAACAAUUAUGUAGGUUACUCGUCAGUCGGCGCUGCACCAUAUGUUCCUGUCGUUACACCAUUCGACAUACAACAGUACAUUGCUCAAUUAAAUGCUUUUCAGGCUAAUCUUUGGUAUCAAAACUUAGCACAACAAGCAGCAAUUCAGAAUUCAGUAGCCGCAAAUAUUAAUGCCAUUAGAGACCAAGCCCUCUAUGGAAAUAGAUUUGGUUAUGGUGGAUAUGGAGCAGGUGGUGGAGCUUUUGCUGGAUCAGGAGCAAGUACAGGCAGUUAUGGUGGGGUAGGAGGUGGAUCAACUUAUGGAGGAUCAUACAACAAUCCAGGAUAUGCAACACCAGUUGUUAAUCGUUUUGGGGGUGGAGGUGGAAGUUACAGCAGCACUGGUCAUGGAGGUUAUUCAGGUGGUUCAAACUAUGCAGCAUCAGGUGGCUCAGUUGGAGGUGGACAUCAAACAGGAUUCGCUCAUGUCAGUCCACCAAGAUUAGACUCAAGAUUCGGAGAUGAAGGAGUUGUUACCCACAGUGUAGGAACACCAGGCUUUUCAGGAGUUUCAUCAUUCUCAUCAUCAUCAGAUAUUAAUGGUGUUAGAAAUCGUGAAUCAGGAACAUCAGUCAACAACAAUGGAAAAGUGACAACUUAUUACAACAGAGGAUCUUAAGGAUAUGCUUGAUCAUAAUUUUAAGAAAAGUCCUUAAUUUGUCGACUCAAACUUAAUUUUAACUGUGGUUCUUUGAUUUUAAUUUUAUUGUCUCGAUAAUCAUGUGUGUAAUAGACAUUAAGG